AUGCCCUUGGAGCGGAGAAAGCGAGAGUACCGGGGGAGCUCUUGCCUUCGAUGCCACAAGCAGAAGAUAAAGUGUUCUCGAGAGAGGCCAUGCCGGAAUUGCGCGCUGGCACAGAAGCAUUGUACCUAUGCUAUCCGGGACAAGAAGAUCACUGUCACAGAAAGCUACAUCAAACAGCUCGAAGAUGCUGCUGCUGUGUCAACACCGGUAGCCGCCAACAGGACACGGUUGUUUGACGUGAACGUGCCUUACAGUGGUCUCGAUGUGCCAACAUCGGCAGCCUCUGGGCGCCGCCUCAGUCUAUUAGUCGAGGAUUCCACCGUUGAGGGCUUUGUAUCCAAGUUGAAGCAGAUACACAACUCGAGGACAGACCAGCACUCCUCUCCGGGCAGUGAUCCGGCCCAUGGCUCGUCGAUAGAGCUCCCAACCUACGAAUACUUUGCAUUGAACUCGGACACCUCGCACGCCAAAUGCACAUUCAAGCUGCCUCCACAUCCCUACGCCAUCUAUCUUCUCGAUCAGUUCCUCGCCUACGUGGGCUACGAUUGGCAUUGGUUUCGACUAAGACGAUUCCGACAACGGUUGGACAGCAUGUACAUGGGCACUGAUGCCGCACAGUCUAAAGACCGCAUAUGGCUGUGCCAGUUCCUCCUCGUCUUCGCCUUCGGCGCGUCUAUCAACGGCCAAGAAUCGCAGGUCGAACUCGCGCCAUCUGGCCAGACACCGGAACUUGUCGAGUUCACUUCUGCACCCAGUUUGAUCCCGGGUACAGAAUUCUUUGAGCAGGCCUUGGGUCUGCUUAAAGUGCCGUACGAAGAGGCUUCGGUGGAGCACAUCGAAACCAUGAACCUAGUGUUGCACAAGGCAUCUACGCUGACAGACUGCUCACGCAUCGAGCGUGAGAACAGGAAACGGGUCUGGUGGUCCACGUUCUGCAUCGACAGAAUGGCGAGCACACAGACUGGUCUCUUGCCGGCCCUUCACAUCGGGCAGACCGACCUCGACUAUCCUUCACAAGCCAGCCUUCUCCCCGAAGACCUUGCAGAAUUCAGCGAUGCUGAGUCGCUCACGGCCCGCGUCAAGAUCACGAUCAUCCAGGCCGAUGCUGCCCACAGCACGAGUCACCUUGGGCAUGGCGAUACACAUGACAUUGACCACAUCCUGCGCCCAAUACUUCAGAGGCUCGAUGCGUGGAAGGCGGAACUUCCGGAUCACAUGGCCCACGGCCUGGAGGGUGGACUGCCCGACCCGGCCGGCCAGGUAGCUGCUGUGCGAGCGCUGGCCAACUUGCACCUCCGGCACAACCAGGUAGUGCGAAAACGAGGGAUGCUAGCACGACUAGGCAUCAUGGAAGCCAUGCAUCUCUUCACAAGCCUCAUGAUUUCAUGCCUCGCCAUGUCCAUCACCGCCCGACGGCCCGACAGCUUUGAGGAACAGAUUGAGGACCCUCUGAUCUACGAGGCGGCCAAGGAGGUCCUACAUUACAUGGCACGGGCGGGUAGUUUAGCGGCGAGGGGCCACGAGGCCAUGCUGAAAGAGGUGGAGACCUUAGGACAGAGCAUAGCAACAGUCGGUGUGGAAGGCGCCGACCUCCUCACCGAGCAGUGGGACAUGGAUGAGUGGAUCAGCCAGCUGUUUGACGGUGAGAACAUGCUUGACAUGUUUUGA